AGUUCCAACAUGGCGGACGGCAGGGAAUCCUCCACGACUUCACUUCUAAAAGAUGAGUGCUACUCCGACUUCCUGGCCGAGGACUUUGACGUGAAGACGUACACGGCCCAGGCCAUCCACCACGCCAUCAUCGCGGAGCAGCUGGCCCGGCUGGCCCAGGGCAUCAGCCAGCUGGACAAAGAGCUGCACAGCCAGGUCGUGGCCAGACACGAAGACCUGCUGGCUCAAGCCACCGGCAUCGAGUCCCUGGAAGGAGUCCUGCAGAUGAUGCAGACCAGGAUCAGUGCUCUGCAGGCAGCUGUGGACAGGAUACGAGCGAAGAUCGUGGAUCCGUACAACAAGAUGGUGGCCCGGAUCACCCAGCUGGCCCGGCUGCAGGUGGCCUGUGACCUCCUGCGGAGGAUCAUUCGCAUCCUGUACCUGAGCAAGAGGCUGCAGGUUCAACUCCAGGGGGGCAGCAGGGAGAUCACCAAGGCCGCCCAGAGCCUCAACGAGCUGGACUACCUGUCCCAGGGCGUGGACCUGAGCGGCAUCGAGGUGAUCGAGAACGACUUGCUGCUGAUCAGCAGGGCGAGGCUGGAGGUGGAGAACCAGGCCAAGCGGCUGCUGGAGCAGGGCAUGGAGAUCCAGAACCCCACCCAGGUGGGCACCGCCCUGCAGGUCUUCUACAACCUGGGCACCCUGCGCGAGACCAUCGCCUCGGUGGUCGGCGGCUACCGGACCGCCAUCCAGGACCACAUCAGCAGCGCUCUGGACAUCAAGGGCCUGACGCAGCCCAGCAACCCCCGAGGCGCUCCGGGCAGGGCCAACCUGCCCACCACGGGGAACACGCCGGCUUUCCGCGCCGCCCUGUGGACCAACCUGGAGAAGCUGAUGGACCAGAUCUGCGCGGCGUGCCGGCAGGUGCAGCACCUGCAGAAGGUCCUGAUGAAGAAGAGAGACCCCGUCAGCCACGUCUGCUUCAUCGACGAAAUCACCAAGGACGCUCAGAGUGACAUCCUCUACACCUUCUGGACCGACGUGACCGGCAGCCUGAGCAGCCAGUUCCACAGAGCCACCGACGCCUCGUCCUUCCUGAAGCAGGCGUUUGAAGGCGAGUACCCCAAGCUGCUGCGGCUCUACAACGAUCUGUGGCGCCGCCUGCAGCAGUACAGCAGCAGCCUGCAGGGGGCGCUGAGCGGCCCGGGCCUCGAGGGGUCCCUGGACCCCACAGACACCGAGAGCCAGGAUCUGUUCACCCAAGGCCGGCAGGACUACAAUCCUGAGAAGGCUCUGAAGGACUCCCUCACCCCCUACGAGGCGGCCUACCUGUCCAAGUCCCUGUCCCGCCUGUUCGACCCCAUCAACCUGGUGUUCCCCAUGGGGGGCCGGAACCCCCCCUCCAGCGACGAGCUGGACAGCAUCAUCAAGACCAUCAGCAGUGAGCUGAAUGUGGCUUCAGUGGAUCCCAGCUUGUCUCUGGCUGUAGCCAAGAACGCUGCCAAGACCGUCCAGCUCUUCUGCGUCAAGUCUGAACAGCUGCUGUGUACUCAGGGCGAUGCCAGCCAGGUGAUCGGUCCGUUAACCGACGGUCAGAGGAGGAACGUGGCCGUGGUGAACUCGCUGCACCGCCUGCAGCAGAACGUCUCCAAGAUGGUCUCUGGUUUGAAUCCCCCGGCUGCUGCAGACGCUCUGUCCUCCUCCCUGCAGGGCGUCGGGGCGCUGAUGAGCAGCGCCGUGCAGCCGCUGCUGCAGUCGGUGGGCGACUCCAUCGAAGCCAUCCUCAUCACCAUGCACCAGGAGGACUUCUCAGGGCCCCUGUCCAGCCCCGACCGGCCCGACGUGCCUUGCUCGCUGUACAUGCGGGAGCUGCAGGGCUUCGUGUCCCGGGUGGCGUCCGAGUACUUCCGCCCCUUCCAGUGUGUGGACUUCCUGUUCCAGAGCAGCGAGCGCAUCGCCCGCCGCGCCGUGCAGCUCUUCGUCCGCCACGCCAGCCUGCUGCGGCCGCUGGGCGACGGCGGCAAGAUGAGGCUGGCCGCCGACUUCGCCCAGAUGGAGAUGGCCGUGGCUCCUCUCUGCAGGAGGGUCUCUGACCUGGGGAAGUCCUACCGAAUGCUGCGCUCCUUCAGGCCGCUGCUGUUCCAGACCAGUGAGCUGAUCUGCAGCAGUCCAGCUGUUGGAGACCUGAUCCCCAUCAGCACGCUGCUGCACUUCCUCUUCACCAGAGCGCCGCCGGAGCUCAAGUCCCCUCACCAGGCCAGUGCACGCACACACACACACGCGCACAGAGCAGCUCACCCCCCCUCUAAACGCCCCCCUCCCCCACAGAGAGCGGAGUGGUCCAUCGCCCGGUACUCGCAGUGGCUGGACGAUCACCCGUCUGAGAGAGACCGGCUGAGCCUCAUCAGGGGGGCGCUGGAGGCCUACGUGCAGUCGGUGCGCGCUCGGCAGGGGAAGGAGUUCGCCCCGGUCUACCCCGUCAUGCUGCAGCUGCUCCAGAGGGGGAGCUGCUGAGGCGACCCGGUGUUAUGGAAGGAAACGAGGGCGGAUCAUCUGGUGGCUCAGGUUUUUGUAAACGACAGAAUGAAGGGAAUAAACAAAGGUUGGGACGUUAGUUUGUUUCUAGGGUUUAUUUAUUCACUUUAUCAGAAGAACACACACACACACACACUCACACACACAGUUACAAGGUGACGGGGUCAGAUGGGCCACUUCCACUGGUUGGCUGGAGGCUCCUCCACCAGCGGCUCCCACGGCUUCCACUCUGACAUCUUCCUGGACAGAGACAGCUCACACUCCGCCUACACACACACACACACACACACACACACACACACACACAGCAGAAAGUUUGAUUGUAAUCAUUUUGAGGUCUGCAGAUCUGAAAUAAUCCAGUUUUUUUCUUUCAGUUUGAUCAGUUUUACAUUUGUUUACAAUAAAGAUGCUGUUUGAUGGUUUUCAUUUU